GUCCAGCCCAGCUAAGGCUUCUCACCCCAGGCCCAAAAUCACCCACACAAAAACCAAAACCCUAACAUUUUCCAAUUCUCUCGUUUCAUCUUCAUCUUCAUCACAAACUCUUAGAUCUGUAAAAUAGACGAUAGAAAAUGAGUCGAGGAAGUGGAGCUGCGGCCGGUGGCCCUAAGGGGAAAAAGAAGGGAGUAACUUUCACUAUUGAUUGUUCCAAGCCAGUAGAAGAUAAGAUCAUGGAAAUCGCCUCAUUGGAGAAGUUCCUCCAGGAACGCAUCAAAGUUGGGGGCAAGGCCGGUGCAUUGGGCGAUACAGUCACGAUUUCCCGUGAGAAGAACAAGAUCAUUGUCACCUCUGAUGCUAAUUUCUCUAAGAGGUAUCUCAAGUACCUUACAAAGAAGUAUUUGAAGAAAAACAAUGUGCGUGAUUGGCUUAGAGUGAUUGCAGCAAACAAAGACCGCAAUGUUUAUGAGUUGCGAUACUUCAAUAUUGCGGAAAAUGAGGGUGAGGAGGAAGAUUAAAAGAUUUAAGCAAAAAAAUUCUGCUGGGUAAUGUAAUUCCCUUCUGGUUUAUGACAUUAUUUCUAUGUUAGCUAUAUUGUUGUGUUGCAUGAAUUUAUUUAUUUUCUCUUGGAAUCUUAAAGUU